GGGUCCCACUCCAAUUUGCAUCGAACUCGAGCUUCUUCCCUCUUAUAUUUUCCUCUCAUUUUACUCUGCUCUAUCAAAGCUAAAAAGGAAAAAAAAAAUUAGUAUUUUUGACUAUUUUUCUUGCAAACUGUGAAAGUUGGAAGAUUCGAUCCGAGGACCUGAAACUCGACGGUUUUUUUUUUUUUUAAUUUUUUUAAUUUUAUCUAAUUAUAAUAUUUAUCGGCCAAUAAUUAUCAUCGCCAAUUCGUCAUCGUUAGAGUCGUCUUUGAAGAGGAAGAAGAAGAAGAAGAAGAAGAAGGAGACGAAGAAGGAGAGGAAAGAUCGAAAUUUGAGGCUGAAAAGAAAAAGCCUCCUUUAAGCGACGUCGUUUGAAGGGGGUGGAGGGGUUGUGUAUCGAUUUAUUAAUGCAAAUUUUGUGAGGUUUUCAGAUUCAGCUCUGAUUUGAAUCCGCUGAAACCCUAGGUUAAACUACCCCUACUACCACCUUUUUGUGUUACAGGCCUCGUGUUAUCUUCCAUACAUUUUGGUUCUUCAAUAGUUUGCGCAGACGUUUAGCUGGAUUUGGAGUGCAUUUGUUAGUUUGGUGCCAUACGAUGUUUGCUAGCCUUUAGGCUUCUGCUUGCUAUUUGGGUUGAAUCAUUCUUCUUAUAGUGCCUUGCUGAGUGCCCUGUUGGACGGUUUACUGCUUGUUCCAAUUGUUCAAUCACAGAAAUACUUGGUGUAUUGUUUAGGGUCUUUUCUGUUAUUAACUUGGAUUUUGGGGUUUAAACUGUUUCUGUAUGCAAGGAAAAGGACUGAGUAAGGCUAUUAACUUGAUGAAGUGAGUGGACUUCUACACUGCUGAGCGUUAACAAAGGGAAGAUGCUACCUAAUUGGAAGAUGCCCCACAUUAGAUUGACAGUCCAAUCUUUAGGUCAAAUUUUGUUUUUGUUAAUUGGAAUAUCUAGGUGUAAAGAGGGAUGUAAUGGUAUGCUGUAAGAAGAAAACAUGGAGCAUCCUUCGGAGAAACGAUAUCCAGUCAAUGCAAUAGAUUAUAAAUUAUACGAAGAAGUUGGAGAGGGUGUCAGCGCUACUGUGUGUAGGGCUUUAUGCAUUCCACUUAAUGAGAUUGUUGCUAUCAAGGUUCUUGAUCUGGAAAAGUGCAAUAAUGAUCUGGAUGGCAUCCGCAGAGAGGUACAGACCAUGAGCUUGAUCGAUCACCCAAAUGUAUUACGGGCGCAUUGUUCAUUCACUGCUGGUCAUAACCUUUGGGUUGUGAUGCCAUACAUGGCUGGGGGAUCCUGCUUGCAUAUAAUGAAAUCUGUUUAUUCAGAAGGUUUUGAAGAGCCUGUUAUUGCUACUUUAUUGCGUGAAGUUCUAAAAGCUCUUGUUUAUCUUCAUGCCCAUGGGCACAUUCAUAGAGAUGUGAAGGCUGGGAAUAUUUUAAUUGAUUCUAAUGGUUCUGUCAAGUUGGCAGACUUUGGAGUAUCAGCAUGCAUGUUUGAUACUGGAGACAGACAGCGUUCCAGAAAUACUUUUGUUGGAACUCCUUGCUGGAUGGCUCCCGAAGUUAUGCAGCAAUUGCAUGGUUAUGACUUUAAAGCAGACAUAUGGUCUUUUGGAAUAACGGCCCUUGAACUUGCUCAUGGCCAUGCCCCAUUUUCUAAGUAUCCACCAAUGAAAGUUCUGUUGAUGACCUUGCAAAAUGCUCCUCCUGGUCUGGACUAUGAAAGAGACAAGAGGUUUUCAAAGUCUUUCAAGGAGUUGGUAGCUACUUGCCUGGUGAAGGACCCAAAGAAACGUCCAACUUCAGAGAAGCUUUUGAAGCACCAUUUCUUUAAACAUGCACGCCCCCAUGAUUAUCUGGCUCGUAGCAUUCUUGAUGGCCUUGCUCCAUUAGGUGAACGUUUUAGGGUGCUAAAGGCAAAAGAGGCUGAUCUUCUUGUACAGAAUAAAGCUCUCUAUGAGGACAAGGAGCAAUUAUCGCAGCAAGAGUAUAUAAGAGGCAUCAGUGCCUGGAAUUUCAACCUAGAGGACUUGAAAAGUCAGGCUGCACUUAUUCAAGAUUAUGAUGAUGUGUCAAGUGCAGAAGAUCGAGAUGGGAGCAGGAAGCAAAGGGACAGGCAUGAUGAUGUUGGAUUACCAGCAGAGAGGAUGUCUCCAGAAAUGGCUAGUAAUUCCAUUGCUGCAACUAGCCAGGAGGACGGGCUUAGUGAUCUUCAUGAUUUGGAGAGUUCACUUGUUUCAUUUCCUAUUAAACCUCUUCAAGCUCUCAAAGGCUGUUUUGACAUUGGUGAAGAUGAUGAGGGUGCAAAUAGUCCAAAUUGGAAAGGUGCUACCCGAUCAGAAAGUGAACAGAUCAUUACAAAGUCAUCAAGAGCUGCAGACCAAGAUGCUGGAAGAAAUGAGGGUGAGAAUUCCGGGCAAAGUAGCUCUUUACCACGUCAGGUCAUUCCAGAGCAUAAAAAUUUCUUGAGCGGUUCACUAAUACCUGAUAAUGCCUUUUCUCCUAAAAAGGUUACAGGAGAUGGGGACAGGGACUUCCCACAGCCUAAAUUUCCAUCUGAUCGCAACUACAGUGGUCCAUUGUCGUACCGCCAUAGGAGAGAAACAAAUAACAUUUCAUCGGAGGAUGCAUCAGAAGGAGCAGUUGUUCAGCGGGGACGUUUUAAGGUGACAUCAGCAGAUCUGAGUCCCAAGGGACCUACAAACUGCAACUUUAACCCGGCUAUCGGAGGUUCAACCUGUCCAUCAUCUCUAAACCUUACAGCUAGUGCGGUUCUCCCAUCUCUACAAUGCAUUUUGCAACAGAACACCGUGCAAAGGGAAGAAAUCAUUAGAUUGAUCAAGUAUUUGGAGCAAACUUAUGGUAAGCCUGGGGACUUGACAGAGGUAGGCACCAAUGACCUUUUGCAGAUACCACAUUCUUCUUUGAGGGAGAGAGAGCUGCAAUCUCAGGUGAUUCAGCUGCAACAAAGUAUUGGGAACCUUGUUGAGGAAUUGCAGAGACAGAAAAUGAGAAAUAUGCAGUUAGAGAAGCAACUAAGUGCUUUGGCCAACAACAAAGAGUGAAGGUGAAACAAUAGUGUGGUGGUGAUGUUGAUAUAGAAACUGCCUGAUUAUUUCUUCUUCAGUGCUAGGGUUCAUAAGGUUCUUAAAAAGGUGUUGAGGUAUAGGAGUGCGUUUUAUUGUAUUUCUAGUGUACCAUAUCUAUGGCUGUGUGUUAAGCCGGACACCCAAAUUUUGAGAUGCCAUUCCCUUUCAGUCUCAUGUAACUUCUUGUAAUUUAUUGACAGGAUAUUGUAAUAUAAUUACAAUCUCUCUCUCUGUCAGUUGGGUACUCA